AUGCCUUCAACUAAUAAUUUGGCUCAAUAUUUUGCCCAAAGUCAACAACAAGGUCAACAAGGUUCAAGUUCCAAUAAACCAACUUCAAUUCCAAGAAGUUCUAAAUCCCAUUCUUCUUCAAGUUAUAAUAUUCAUUCAAAAGCGGUUGAUGCAGAAGAUGAUGAUCAUUUUGAAAGUUCAACUUUUGCAUUGAAAAGAACGAGGUCAGUUGGUUUAUUAGAUGAAUUUAUAGCCCCAACAAGAAAAUUGAUUGAAGAAGGUGAAGGAAAUCAAUCAGAAAGUGAUAAUGAAGAUGAUGAUUAUGAUCAAAAAUAUGAUAUUGAUUACGAUGAAAAUAAUUUAUCUAAAAAUACUAAAAUUAAUACUAAUACAACAACAACAAAUAAUAAUAAUGAUGAUGAUGAUGACGAAAAUCAAUUUAUUGAAGAUAUUGAUGAUGAAACAUAUAAAUCCAAACAAAAUCAAUCAAAUAAAAAGAAUUCAAAUGUAUAUUCUUAUGAUGAUGAUUAUAAUACUUAUUCAAGUUAUGAAAAUGAUGAAAAUGCAUCAAUAUCACCAUCUCCACCAGAUACUCCAGAUUUAUAUCAACCUCAUGAUGAUAAUGAUAUAGUUUAUGAACCUCAAAGACAUGUUGAUUAUUUAUCUCAUAAUUGGAAAGAAGGUGAUAUUUCAAAAUCUUGGAGAUAUAUUGUUUUGAAAAGGAAAGAUGUGGCAAAUUCUGCAAGAUUAGAAAAUGCAUCAUGGAGAACUUGGGCUCAAGCAAAAUAUCAUUUGAAAACAAUUAGUCCAGAAGCUGUUAAUUGGUUAAAAGAUUCAGAUGUUACUUGGUUAUAUGGUCCUUUAUAUAAAGAUCCACCAAAAACUCAAACUUUAGGUUCAACUACAUCAACUACUUCAUCAUCAUCAAAUUUAGGAAAUGAUGGUGAUAAAAAAUAUGGUUCAGAUUCAGAAUCAACUUCUAAAAAUAAAACACCAUUAAAACCAAAAAAAAUUAAAGGACCAAAACCAAUUUUAAAGAAAAGAACAGUCAGUGAAAUGUUAUCACAACCUUCAAUGAUUAAAUUACCUCCAAGACAUCAUUCACCUUUAGUUGAUUUUUCACAUCCAAAUUUACCUUCACCACCUCAUAUUGAUGAUGAUUUUGAUUUAAUUUCAAGUAGAGUUAAUGCUCAAUAUAAAUCUAAUCAAUCAUCAAAUGAUCAAAUUCAAAAUCAAAAUAUACCGACAAAUCAAAAUUCAAUAAAUAUGUCUAAACAAGGAUCUCAACAAAGUGGAUUUAAUGAUAAUUCAAGUAUACAAUCUAAAUCACAACAACAACAACAACAACCACAAAAACGUCAUAUUCAUUUCAAUGAUAGAGUGGAUCAAUGUAUAGCUGUUAAUAUUCCAGAUUCUGAAGAUGAAGAUUAUGAAGGUGAUGAAGAAGAAUUUAUGGAUAAUGAAGAUAGUGAUUCAGAUGAAGAAGGUGGAUUUUUCUUACAAGUUAGAGCACCUUCAACACCACAAGUUCAUAAUAAGGAUUUUCAAUUACCAUUAUCAUCAAAUGAAGCUAAAAAUUUAACACAUGGUGAACAACCUUCAGAAUAUCAAACAAUUAAAUUAUUACCAUGUACAACAUUAAAUUAUGGAUCAGAUGAAGAAGAUGAAAGUGAAGAUGUAAAUAAAUUUGCAGUAUCUCAUAAUACAAAUACAAGCCGAGGAUUCAAUUAUUAUUAUGAUUAUAAUUCAGUUUAUUCAAAUGAUGUUUCUCAUGUUUCACUUGGUCAUAAUGAUUAUGCAAUUGAUGAUGAUGAUGUUCAUCAUUUAGAAGGGGUUAAAAUGGUUGAUGUACCAGAAAAUAUUGUAUUAGGUUCAAAUGUUGAAAUUGAAGAUACACCACAUUUUGCAGAACCUCAACAUAUUAAAGAUCAUGAUUCAACAAAAAUUGAAAAUAAUGAUCAAAUAAAACAACCACAACCUACAAGAGUAACAAAUGCUAAUGGUGAAGUGAAUAAUAGUGAUAGUUAUAAUAGUAAAAAUGAUCAAAAAAUUGGAGGAAGUGCAUUUGAUUUACAUUCAGAUGAUGAAUCAAGUGAAGAUGUUGAUAUUGAAGAAGAAGAAGAUCAACCAAUAAAUACAUCAAUAUCAUCAAGUGGUAAAAAUUUUGGAGAAAAUUUAACAAAAGUUAGUUCAUCACCAAGUUAUGCAUCAUUAAGUGAUGUUGCAGCUCAAGGUUAUAUUUCACAAAGUGCAAAUACAAAUUCAAAUUUAUCAAAUAUUGUUUCUAAGAAUUAUAGUCCAAAUUCUUCAAAUUCAUCACCUGUUAGUAGUAAUAAUUCUGAUCAAAGAGAUGUUAAUGAAUUACAAAAAGAUUUUGGAAAUUUAAGUCCAAGUGAAGAAAGAAGUGGAUUUAAUUAUAGGUUUUUGAAAAACUGGAAGAAAGGUUGA